AUGGCCGCCGGGAAGACCAAGCUGGAAACACUCCCAAUCGCAAGUCUCAUCAUCACCCAGGGACGGGACUUCGUGUCCGAACUGUUCUUUUAUCAUUGGGAGCAAAUCACCGGACGCAAGCUCUCGAAUGUCCUCCUACCCGGGUGGCUCGGUGGUUUUCGCUUCCACCCGGAUAGUAGGUAUAUUGCAGCGUCGUUCUUUGCUCAAUCUGAGACCACACGCGCACUACCUUUCCCUUCGAAGGACUUGGACCCAGGCUCGAUCGCCCGCUAUGUCGCCAAAGUCCGGAAAGACUACUUACCCGCCAACGUCGGAGACUUGCUGUGGCUGAUCGAUCGGUUCUUGAAGUGGACGUUUCCUCGCGGUGACUACAAGCUCGACUUGAUUCCGCUUUCCUGCGAUCAUCCCGACUCCAUCUACCAACUCAUCAAGACUUUUGGCGAAGAGGGAAGGUACCGACAUCACCCUCACUUCCGAACCUUCCUCGCUUUCUCCAAGAUGAGUGACAUGGGCUCGGAUGAGCGCGCUGUCACGAACAACACUCUGGUUAUAGCUGCGAAAAUCCUUGCAGGGCAAUACACGAUGAAGCGCAAGAGGGCAGAAUUUCGCUUCAACGGCGGGGUAGUAUCCGAAACCAGGAGCGUACUCAUGCUGAGUGAGGACUGGCCUUCGUACAACGUGUGUCAAGAGGACCCAGAAGAGCUCAAACAGGACAUUGUACUUAUUUCGGACUUGACGGACGAUGAGGGUUGCGAUGGCGAAGAGGACGAUGAUGUUGAUGGAAAGGAUGAUAAGAGCAAGUGA